AUGGCCUUGCUGGCCCUUGCGGGCGCGCUGUUGCCAAUGGGGUCAACAGCGGGGAGAACCAGCGCCACCAGCGGGGAGGGAUACAGACUGGGGGAGGAGAUUCCCGUAUCUUGUCUCAAUCGGACGAUGGAAGGUGAACAUAUAACCGAUGACCUAGGGAAACUCCAAUGGAUCCCCUUUGUAACCUGCAACGAGACCUCACGCCCCCUAUCCCUCCACUACGGAACCUCCGAAACAAUAAAAUGCACAAUCCCUUCCCUUUCCGACUCGCUCUACCACCUCCUCGAAUUCUACGUCCACUCCGACGUCCCCAUGACCUGCCGUAUUCCAACAAGCCCCCUAACACCCAGCAACACCGCGCCAAAGGACCGCACCGACACUGACCCCGCGUCCGGCGAGGUCGACUCGCUCGCGGCGCUGAGUGAGAAUGGCCCUCCGUUCACCCCGAUCACCAUCGCGCUGCAGGGUACUCUGCAGCUUAGCCACCUGCAUAUCUGGACGGAUAUGAACAUGCUCAUGCACAAUGUUGCCUCGGACGCGGCGGCGCAGCCCUCCAAGGCUGGGAAACUUGGCCAGUCUGGUCAGCCUGGGUACGCGGUCGCCGGGACGGCGUACUCGACGCCGGAGUUUGAGGCUGCGGCGAAGAAGGCCUCGCUUGAUGAGGACGAGGAGGCAGUUACCGUUGCCCAGGCUGCGCGGGAGCCGUGGACGGCGGGCCAUGGGACGAAGGUCGUGCGCGGAGAGCCACUGACCUUCUCGUUCCAUGUUGCCUGGGUUGAGGGCGGCGCGGGCAUUGGAUGGCCGGAGCGUCCUGCCUCGGAGUCGUUCUUGGAUAUCAGCGGGUCAAGGAUAGGGCAGAGCUCUGGGGCUGGCUCGUUCUUCUCACGGCUGUUUUUGUUCUUCCUGGCUGCUUCGAUUGGUGCUUUGGUGGCGCUGUACUGGGAGCGUAAUGGGGGCCGGCUGCGUGGUCGCUCGGGCUGGCGUGGAGAUGGCAUUCUGGGGGCUCCGCCUAUGAAUGGGAAGGGGCCUGGUGUGACUUUUGGUAAUGGCGGGCGUAUCAAUGGGUACGGAGGGUACUCUGCUGCUGCCAACGGUGUGGGAACUGGUGGUGGUGGAGGGACUGGAUACGGAGGCUUUACCACUGGAAAGAGGGAUUGA